UAUGUAACAUGUUUAUCACAGAACAUAAAUAUUUACGAGUUUAUCACAAUAAACAAGGUGAAUUAAUUAUUAAAAUAUAAUUGUGAGGGAACGAAACGAGAGCGUUCGGUUCGAUCACGUUGCGAUUCAUUGACGUUGGACACAACGAAUGGCCAAUGCUCGUCAGUACUAAUAUUAUUUUAAUUAGCUAAUCAAGAGUUGUAACCAGUCGUAGCAUAGCCAAAUGGGUUUCACACUCAAAGAAAUCAUAAGAAACUUAACUUAAAUUAUUUUACAGAAAAUCAGUCGCAGAAUAUAUUUUUAACAUUUGCAGAAUGUCAAUCGCAAUAUUAAUGAACGUAGAUAUAUUAAAAAAAAGAAACAGGAUCAUAGGAAACAUACUUGUAAAAUUUUAUAAAAUGUCAAAUUGUAAUAUUAAUGAACGUACAUGUUUAAAAAAACAGAACUAUACGAAACAUAUGUCAAACAUUCUGCAGAAUGUUAUAAUGGAAUCUUUUGAGCCACAUAAAAAUAUGAGAAUAUAAUGAAUAUUGUGAAUCUUUUGAAAACUAAGUUAAAUGUUAUUUUUAUUAUUUCUUCCAAACAUUAAAAAAAGAAUUUAGAAAAUUUUGGCAAUGGCGUGGCAGAGUCCGCUCCGGUAUUGUCAGAAGAUAGGCCAGUGAGUGUUGGGACUAAAAAUACAUAUAACAUUUUACAAGAAUGAUAAGUAUAAUACUUAUAUUCUUAUUUUUAUAUUUUAGCCAAUUUGAAAUCAGCCAGAAAAAGUGUAGCAAAUGCUAAUUACCAGACAACGAAUGAAGGAUUAUUUGGACGAAGUAAGAGACAGCUAAUUACAUGUUCCCGAUACAGCAGUGAUGCGGAAGGAUACUAUAUGCUAAACGAUAUAUUUGAGAUCUCUCGCAACCUAAAAAAAAUUCCACCGAUGCGGACUCUGCCACCCAAGGACGACAGUCUCAGCACCCACAUCGGUGUAACCAGUGCGGACUCUGCCCCCAAAAGGAACAGUCCCAGCACCCACUAGCUUAUUUUCAGAAAAUUCCACCGAUACGGAUUCUGCCAUCCCAGGAUAACAGUCCAAACACCCACCGGGUAGUUAGUGCGGACUCUGCUGCCAAAAGGAAAUAGUUCCAACACCCAAUAACUUAUCUUCUGGAAAUAUCAUUGGAGAGGAUUCUGCCACUAUACAAUAUUCAUGCCAUAUAUAUUAUUAACAAUACUAUAAAUUAAUAUAAGUGACAAUAAUUAUAAUUAAUAUUUCAAAACUUCUCCGGUUUGUUUAAAAUCCAGAAGAAGGAAUUCAAAGGAUAACAUUCAAUUUAAUUUUCAAAAGAUAUUCAAAUAUAAGCAAAUGUUCCACGCACGACAUAUACAUGUUAUUCUUGAAAUGAAAUUCGGAAUAAUUUUCGAUUUAUAUGUAAUAACAUACAGACUUAAUAUUAAUAAAUCUAAAUUACAUAUAUAUUUGUAAAAUAUAUAUGUUACUCAAAUCUUUGGUUUGAAAUAAGUGAUAUUUACGAUAUAUCACUAAUAUAAAUAUUACUAUAAACAUGUGUUUGUAAUAGAAAUGUAACGAAUAUUCGGUAUUCGAUAUGAUGUUAGCUUGUAGCUAACAUUAUUAUAAAUACAUACUAUUGUAUAUAUACACAUACAUAUAUAAUAUAUGUGUGUACAAUGUUAUACAUGCCAUUGAAUGAGUGUGCUUGUAAUAUUAAAGGGUCAUCUACAAUGGCUGUAAGCAUAUGGCUGUAAGGUUGCAAAGUUAACUUUGGUCACAGAAUUAAAAUUUUCUUAAAACAGUGUUGUCUACAAUGGUUGAAAGAUGUAAGGCGGAUCAAGAAAAAAGAAGAACUCAGUACGUUGACAGAUUUAUUCAGAAUUUAUUAUUUUAUUUGUUUAUUACAGUUUUUAGUUAUUCCUUAUAUUUCUAUAUAUUUUUGUAGGAGAAGGAAUUUUGACCGGUAUCGAUUCCAAAGGAAUGUUAAACUUUUCAACUGACGUCGUCUGUGUUUAUCAAAGCUUGUUUUUUAUUCUAAUCAAAUUAAUAACAAAUGGAUUUAAAGAAAUUAGGACUUAUAACCGUUUUUAUGUUGUUGAGACAACAAAGUAUUCUCCUUCAGCUUAUAGAAAAUAAAAAAAUCAAAACCAGACGUUGGUGGGUCAAGCCGAUCAAUAAAAAAAAAGAAAAACAGGGAUUUGUGUGUAAUCUAUUUCGUGAAAUGACAAUGACAGAUCACGAAAAAUUUUUUGCUUACACUCGAUUUUGGCCGAAACAAUAUCAACUUCUACUAAAGCUCCCUUAUAGAAAUAUCAUACUAAGAAUCAUUGAUAAUUACUUAUUAUCCAGUAUUUUUAAUACUGGAAAUAAGUAAUUAUCAAUGAUUCUUAGUAUGAUAUUUCUAUAAGGGCUAGUAACUCCAUAUUUAAGAAAACGUAGCAUUCGUAAACCUUUGUCACCUAAUACACAAUUAGCCAUUACCUUAACGUAAGUAGCUAUCAUUCUUUCUCUUUACAAUAAUUGAUAAUAAUUUUAACUAAAUUAACAUUCUGUUUAAUUGCUUCUUUCCUAUUUUUUUUCUAGGUAUCUUGUAUCUGCGAUACUGUGCGCAGUAAACAUUUGGAAUUCCGUUGUGGAAAAUCAACAGUGCACAAAUUACACCAGAAGUUUGCAACGCCAUAUGGCUUGCUCUUCAACCGAUUGUUUUACCCACAUUAAAUAGUGAAGAUUGGAAGAAAAUAAGCAAAAACUAUUUUCUCAAAUGGCAAUUCCCAAAUUGCAUUGGGGCACUUGAUGGUCGCCAUAUGGAAAUACAAGCACCACCAUAUUCAGGAUCUGAAUUCUGUAAUUAUAAAGAAUAUUUUAGCAUCGUUCUCAUGGCGAUGUGUGAUGCUAAUUACAAGUUUACGUGGGUUGAUAUUGGCCAAUAUGGUUCAAUAAGUGAUGGUAGUAUAUGGAGUACGACAGAUUUGGCAGUUGAUUUGGAAAAUGGUACAGCAAACUUACCAGAACCUAUACCUUUACCAAACAGAGAUGUUCCGUUCUCUUAUGUUGCUAUGGUUGAUGAAGCAUUUCCCCUGAAACCAUAUCUGAUGCGUCCUUUCCCAAGAAGAGUAGGCAAGAUGACAGACGAAGAGCGAAUAUUUAAUUAUCGAUUAGGGCGAGCAAGAUUAUGUAUAGAGAAUGCGUUUGGAAUUCUUAGCUCUCAAUGGAGAAUCCUACAUAGAAAAAUGUGCUCAGUACAAAAUGCAGAAAGGAUUUGUAAAGCACUUAUUUGUUUACACAAUUUUGCAAUGAACAGUAAUGAUAGCAAAUAUUAUCAUCUUGACUGGUGUGAUAUGGAGACUGAUGAAGGAAUAAUAAUAGAAGGUCGAUGGCGUACUAUAGGAGCUGAUCAAUACUUUAAAGAACUGUCGCGAGUAGGAGCUAACAGAGCUGGUGCUAUUUCUUUAGGUUUAAGAAAUUAUUUAAGAGAUUAUUUUAUAAAAUUAUUUAAGAAGUUAUUUAAGAAAUUAUUUAAGAGAUUAUUUUAUAUCACCUACUGGUAAUGCUCAAGCACCUUGGCAAUUUCAAAAAGCACUAAGGGGAUAUAAUAUAAAUACCUGGUUAGACAUUUACAAUAGUCCUCACAAUUACUAUUCAAUUUUGUAAUUGUGAAGAUUAUAGUGUAUAUAAUUACGUAUCAUAAGUGUACAAUUUGUCAAAUAUAAAAUAAAAUAUAUAAAAAUAAAAUAAGUUUCUUUGUUAUCAAUAUUAAUUAAAGCAAUAGAUCAAUAUAACAUAUUGAAAUAUUAUAUUUUAUUAUUAAAAAAUUUUCUUCUCACAAAUUAUAUAAAGCAACUUUUUAUGAAUAUUAAAUAUAAAACAUAAAUUAACACUUUUUAGGAACACAUGUGCGAGUUGCGUUAUAUUACUAAAACUUUGGUAAAGUCAUAAUGCACUACACAUAAAUUGCACUCUCAUUUUGGCCAGAGUACCAACUAGCAAACAAAAACACUUAACAUUUAGAUUUAUAAUACACAAAAAUACUCAAUUUUUGUAAUUAAUGUGUUGUCUCACUAACUACAUAAUAUCAAUUAGGCAAUCUAAUUGUUUAGGUUCAGGUACUUUCUGCAAAGCAAAACCUAUAGAACUUAACAUAGCUUUUAUAUCCUGAGAAAAUGAACUUAGAAAUUCUGUAGCAUGAGGUGUAACAGAAGCAGGUUCUGAAGGGGUGUAUAUCAGUUGGAUAGGGUGUAUAUCAGUUGGACACGGGGCAAUUGGACACAGUCCAAUCACAAGUCGCUGUUCCAAGGGACCCUACAAAUGUCUCUAAUCACACGGUGCUGUGAUUGGCUGUGUCCAAAUGCACCGUGUCCAAGUGCACCGCUCCCGCUUCUGAAGUACAUGUUAACAAUGCAUCCCCUACUUUUUGUGCUAUAUAUUCAAAUGGUUUGAUUUCUGAAGUAUCGCUUUAUUAAAGAUAUCUACUUUUCGUUUCUUGCUUUAAGCAAAUAAAUCUGGUUCUGGAACACUCUUUUUACAAGCACUUGUUAUUACUUGUUCUACUUUUUUUGCAGAUGAUGUAUUUCUUUGCUUAUUUUCUGGAACUGUUAUAAUAUUUGUAGAUAAAGGCAAUGGAUUUUCAGCAUAUGCAUAUGUCUCAAUGCUUACUGACAUCAUCUAAAAUACCAAUAAUAAGACAUUAGAACAUUAAACCUGUCUUUUAUAUUAAUAAAUUUUGUAUUAUAAUAAAGACAAUAGUUAAAAAUAAGAAGUAAGUUUUCAAAAACAAACCUUCAGUAAAAACUGUCAGAUUUUCGUUAUACACACUUAGUGUAGAUAAAGAGCAACUUGAUAUAGAAGUUGAAGGACUGUGCAUCGCAGAAUUAUAUAACACAGUUUCAGGUACUGUUGUUGUUGGGAGUUUUUUUUUAUAAUUAGUUGUAGUACUAAACAAAAGAAUGAAAUAAUCAAUAUAUGCUUCAGUACAAUUUAAAAUCAGAACAAAGUAAUUAGCACUUACCUUCGAUGUUUUAUUACAUCAACUAGAAACAUCAAAUCGUUAUAAAGACCCCAUGUAGGAGUAUAUGUUAAAUGGUUGGCUUCAACACCAGAUCGUCCUUGAGAUUGAAUAAUUUUCUUUCUUUCUUUUGCAAACCGCUGUCAUAGUUGGAGAAAUCUAUGCUCAGGACCUAUACAAAUAUGACCUCACUUUUCACAUGAAUAAACCUUUAUUAAUUUAAUAUUUAGAAAAUUUCUGUUCAUUCAAGGUUUUAUAUAAAUAAAUUACAAAUACCUGUCUUUUUUUUUGAUAAACCUGCGUCGGUAGUUGUCCAAGAUGGAAGUGGUGCACUUGGACACGG